GAGUCUUUUGUCCCCCUAUCCUCCUUCCUCCGUCUCCCUCCCCAACCCUUCCCUUUCUCUGCACUCCAUCCUCUAUCCCUCUGUUUCUUUUCUAAUCUCUAUUCAAUUCUUGUUUUCGAGUUCCGGAGCUACCCCCUUUUUCUUUUCUUUUUUCUACAUCAUAUAUAUCUCUUCUCUUCCCCGACUCUCUCAUCCAUUAAACAAUCCCAAAAACAAAACCAAAAAAAAAAAAUUUAUUUUUGAGCUAAACCCAGUUUUUAAUUCAUCAAUUCCCCAAAUUUUUUAUACUUCUUUUCUUGUUUUUUGAUGUGGAUAUGGCCGGUCUGGAUUUAGGCACUGCAUCUCGUUACCUUCACAACCUUCACCGGCCGGACUUGCACUCUGAAGACGACGCUUCCAACAGGGGUCAGUACUCCGGCGACCCCCACGACGACGGCACCACCCACCAAGGCCUCGAGCUCGUCGCCGCAGCUUCCGCCGGUCCAGGAGACCUCGUCGCGCGCCGGCCGCGCGGCCGUCCUCCCGGUUCGAAGAACAAGCCCAAGCCUCCGGUAAUCAUAACGAGAGAAAGCGCGAACACGCUCCGGGCUCACAUUCUCGAGGUGAGCAGCGGCAGCGAUGUUUUCGACUGCGUCGCAACCUACGCGAGGCGGCGCCAGCGCGGGAUCUGCGUCCUGAGCGGCAGCGGCACGGUGACGAACGUGAGCCUACGGCAGCCGGCGGCGGCAGGGGCUGUGGUGACGCUGCAUGGGAGGUUCGAGAUACUGUCUUUGUCGGGAUCGUUUCUGCCACCGCCGGCGCCGCCGGGGGCCACGAGCUUGACGAUAUUUUUGGCGGGGGGGCAGGGGCAGGUGGUGGGGGGAAGCGUGGUCGGGGAGCUGACCGCGGCGGGGCCGGUCAUCGUGAUCGCGGCGUCGUUCACGAACGUGGCGUAUGAGAGGCUGCCGCUUGAGGAGGAGGAGGCGCCGCAGCUUCAGGUGCAGCAGCAGUCGUCGGGGGGCGGUGGCGGAGGCGGGGGAGGGAUGGGGAGCAAUAACCCUUUUCCGGACCCGGCGUCGGGGCUACCGUUCUUCAAUUUGCCGCUGAAUAUGCCGAAUUGUCAGUUGCCGGUGGACUGGGCGGGGAGCUCCGGUGGACGGCCGCCGUUCUGAUGUGUAAUUUUCAUUUUGUGAAUGAUGUUGAAUGAAUUUUUGGGUGCUUAAUUCGGGAAGUGAAUUAUUGGAAGCUGGUUGGAUGGAAAGAAAUUAAGGAUUCUUCAAAGCAGGUCAGAAAAUUCGUGGACUACUGUCAAUCAUCAUCAUAUAUCAUUGUGUACGAUUGAUCAUGGUUAAUUUCUUCCUUUUUCUUUCUCUCUCUCUCUCUCUCUCUCUCUCUCUCUCUCUCUCUCUCUCUCUCUCUCUCUUCUUCUGAUUUUGGGUUUUGAUGAUGAUUUUGCAAUUUGGGUUUCCCUUGUAUCAUUGAAUAUUUCUGGAAAUAGCCCAUCUGUUGUUCUUCAAUAUGGAAUUUAGCUCUUUUUCUUU